CUCCAGAUCAGGUUAGAGUAUUAGGUCUCUUCUCUACAAGAUAGGUCUCUUCAUCGACCUAGGGAUUCCUGCAGGAUCCCGCCUCGAUGGCUGACCUGUCCUGAUUGUUUUCUAGCCUUCCAUCUCCAUCUGAGAAUAAUAAACGGCUAUCUUUUCUCUGAAGGUAUAGCUUCGCCAACUCGCGACACCAACGCACUUGAUAUGUGCGAACGGCGAAGAGCAAAGACCGACCGCGGAGAAUAAGUUACAGCUCGUUACUGGAAAGUGCCUUGUUGAAGAUUAACUCAGCGAUUGUGUAUGUAGGCUAAGCUGCGAUCGCACAGCUCUUCUAACUCGGUUCAUUCGUCGCGAUCCUUAUAUGUUGUCUAAGCGCCGUAACGGCUAUUACCUUACAUAGAAUCGCUUAGAUUCCGCCAGCGAGGAUCUGAAGGUCAGAAGGUCGAUCACCGCGGCGCUGGAAGAUCGGACGGCUGGUGGAAUUCGAUUGAACGGCGGAGAUCUGGCGUCCACGGCGCGAGGCGGUGGGGAGGGGGAAGGGAGGGGGAAGGGAGGGGCGAAGGGAGGGGGAAAGCGGUAGGCGCGUGAAGAAAUGGAUGGCGGAGCUGCCGGAGGAGCAGCGGUCGAAGCUGUUCAGCGGCAUGGCUGGCGCUGGCGCAGGAGCUGUAGCCGCGACGUUUGUAGCGCCCCUUGACGUGGUCAAAACCCGCCUGCAAGUGCUGGGCGCUCACCAAGCCUCCACGUCAGCAGCAGCUGCUGCGCUACGCUCGACUGCAAGUGCGGGAGGAUCGACAGGAGGGCCGGUAGCAACAGGGGGGCCAGCAGCAGCAGCAGCAGCAGCAGCAGCUAGGGCGCCACCAGCUGCAGCGUCCAACUCCUCCCUGCCGUUUGCCAGGAUAGCGACCGCCCUCGCCACUCCCCCCUCCGCCUCAGCAGCAGCAGCAGCCGCAGCAGGGGCAGGGGGAGCAGCGGGAACAUCAGGGGGGCCGGGGGCGGGGGUGGGCGCGGGGGCGGGGGUGAGGGCAGCAGCGGCGGGGCGGUGGCGCAUGGGCGUGAUAGCGGGGUCGCUGCAGACCAUCUGGCGCACGGAGGGGCUACGGGGGCUCUAUAGGGGGCUCUCCCCCACCAUGGUGGCUCUGCUGCCAAACUGGGCGGUGUACUUUUCAGUGUACGAUCACUUGAAGCGGAUGCUGAGCGAACCGAGUGCAAGCGCAGCUCCCAGCGACCACCAAGAAGCAUCGCAACAGGGACCAGAACAACCGCCGCAGGAGGAGCAGCAGCAGCCACGGCCGCCACCGCAGCAGUUGUCACUGGGAAGGAGUGUGGUGGCCGCAGCAGGAGCGGGCACGGCUACUGUCCUAGCUACCAACCCGCUGUGGGUGGUGAAGACACGCCUACAGACCCAAGCCAUGCGCACCAACAGGCGGCCGUACAGGGGAACGUUUUCAGCCCUGGUGCGAAUCACCAGGGAGGAGGGGCUGGGAGGGCUGUACAGUGGCGUGGUGCCAGCUUUGGCGGGAAUCAGCCACGUGGCCAUCCAGUUCCCCAUGUACGAGUACCUCAAGCAGCAGAUCGCGUGCAGAGGAGGGUCAACCACGGACACCCUCACCCCCUCCCAGCUGGCAGCGGCAUCUGCGAUCUCUAAAGUCUUUGCGUCCACACUCACAUACCCACAUGAGGUGGUGAGGGCACGGCUGCAGGAGCAGGGGAAGGACCUUGGGAAUGUGCACCGGUACACUGGCGUGGGUGACUGUAUAACGCGGAUAUUCAAGGAGGAGGGCAUUCGGGGCUUCUAUCGGGGGUGUGUGACGAACCUCUUUAGGACCACACCUGCUGCAGUCAUCACCUUCACCUCGUUUGAGCUGCUCAUUCGAACCCUGCCCACCGUCUUCCCUCCCGCAUCCCACACCUACGAAGACCUUGCCGAGGAAAGCACCUCAUAGCAGCUCCCUCCCACACGCCCCCAUUUAUCCUCAUUAUAGUAAUAUUCCUCUGUGCCUCUUCCUCUUUUGGAGAUGCAUAGCCUUAGGUCUCGAACUAUGGCCGUGUAAGUUCACAAUCAGAGAGAAAUUCGGCCAUCCAGAUGCGAAGAUUUGAAUUUGUAUGAAGGGGAGGAUUGUGCGAAGGAAAUAAUCGUACUAGCAUGUGUUGUUAGCUCAACAACAAAUGUUUUUGUAGUAGAAUAUCUUAUGCAAUGUCAUGGCUAACCAA